CCAGGAAACGACCUAUUCCCCAUCUCCGGGAAGGAGUAUGGGAACUUGCUAAACACCAAAAUGCUUCCUCCACCACCACCCCACCUUCUAGAAAUUAGCAGCAGAGAUUGUAGGAGAAAGAAAAAUCCUUGCCGUCCUCCUCUGCUUGUUGAAGCUUAGUGACCUCUUCUGGGCAAGCUGGCAAGGGAUGAACCUGCCGUGAGAGGAGCCCAGCCUGCAGUCAUCUGAGAGGGAGGGAUGCGGGACAGCCGGUGCUCAAAGACCAGCAUUUGUCUUUUAUUCCAGAGUGUUCCCUUAGCUGAAAGGUGCAGUGGGCUUCCAGGUGAACUUUGGAGGGGAAGGAGGCAGACUGAGCGUCAGCCCUUGUUGAAUAAACACUCCUGCCGGAAGUCGCUCUGUGACCCACGUCUGCCGCCCACAAGACCACGCGAGAGAGCCGGGUGCAGGAUGAGCCAGCCGCGCACUGCCCGCCCAAGAUACACCAGACCCUCCGCCUGAACCCCGAGAGCCUGAAGAUGUCUGCGUGCAGUGACUUUGUGGAGCACAUCUGGAAGCCCGGGUCUUGCAAGAACUGCUUCUGCCUGCGGGGCGACCAUCAGCUGUCGCCCACCUGUCCCCAGCCCAGAGCAGGCGGCCUGCCUCCUCCUCGCCUGCCCCCCAGGCCUGAGCACUGCCGCCUGGAAGAUGAGGGUGUGAACAGCUCGCCCUACUCCAAGCCCACCAUCGCCGUGAAGCCCACCAUGCUGAGCUCCGAUGCCUCUGACGUGUGUACGGAGGCGAACAUGAGCCCCAACGCCUCGCAGGACAUCUGGAGAUGGGCCCCCAGCAAGCUGCCCUUCCCGAAGCAGGAAGACGCGCCGAUGGUUUGCCUGGGCAGCUUCCGAGGCGUCCAGAAGCCUGCGGUCCCGGCUGCCCCCGCAGAUGGCCACCCUCGCUGCCCGCCGGUGUAUGCCAUGGUCGGCCUGCACAGCCCCGGGGCCCGGGGGGAGCGGAGCACCGCCUUCCACCCGCUGAAUUUCCCCGAAGAGAAGGCUGGGCGAGAAGAAAAACCCAUGUUUCCCCACCAAGAGCUGACCUCUGCCCAGGAGAGCCGCCACCGGAAGCUCGCUGGCGUGGGCAGCAGGACGGCACCCGGCUGUGCCAAGGACCCUGGGACCCACCCCUCUCCACAGCCCCCACGGGAGUCCCUGCCCUCUGAGGACGACAGCGAUCAGAGGUGCUCGCCCUCCGGGGACAGCGAAGGGGGAGAAUAUUGCUCCAUCCUGGACUGUUGUCCCAGGAGCCCCGCUGCCAAAGACACCUCCCAGGGCGAGGGGCCCCGACACAGACCCGGCGGCGGGGACCGCUCCCCCACGUGCUGGGAGCAGGGAACGUGUGGGGGGCCGGCUGGGGACUUGAAGCAGGUGCUCGGCUUCCCGAGGGAGUGCUGUGGCCAGGGCCCCUCAGACCACCCGCCCCACCCGGGCCCCCGGAAGCUGUCCCCUCCCUCGGAGGCGGCCAGCUCCUCGGACGGCCUGUCCUGCGGCAGUGCCAGCAGCGGCGCCAGCAGCCCCUGCGUCCCCCAUCUCGAGAGCGAUUACUGCUCCCUCGUGAAGGAGCCUGUGCCGGGAAAGCAGCAGGACUCCAGCUGCCACGGGGUGGCCUCUAACAGGUGCCUUGGGCCGACUGGGGAGCCCCAGCCCCCCACCCACCCCAGGGAGGCUGUGCAGCCCGAACCCAUCUAUGCCGAGAGCACCAAGAGGAAGAAGGCUGUCCCGGUGCCCUCUAGGCCACAGGGCAAGGCGGAGCAGCCAGCAGCUGGCCCCGGCCAGGGCAGGAUGGUUAGCACCUGGACUCAGAAAACAGCAUCUGGUGGUAGCCGGGACAGGGAAGGCCCCGACGUGGGCCCCAAGGUGGCGGCCACCAUCACCAUCAUGGCGGCCUCCCCGAAGGAGGACCACCGGACCAUCUACCUGAGCAGCCCGGACUCUGCGGUGGGCGUGCAGUGGCUACGCCCGUUGGUGGGCCAGGACUCUGGAGCAGGCGACCAGGAGACGUCAGCUGGGCAGGGGAAGGGCUCCAGGGAAGGCCACCACCAUGCUUCGAGCCAGAACGUCCCCAAGGGGAGGCCUGCCAUUCCUCCCAAGCUGUCCAAGGGGAGCCCUGGAGGGUCCCCGGUGUCACCCUCCCCUUCCCCACUGUCUGACCUCAGUGAAGGGAGCUCAGGUGGCAGCACCGGGCCCCAGCCUUCGUCCCGGUGCCCUGCCAACCCCGCUUCUUCCUGCCGGGCCAACGGUGUCGCCAACCACGACUCUGCCAAGUGUCCCCCACCUGCCACCACUGCCUCGGCCGCAGACCAGAGGCGGCCCCGGUACCAGACUGGGGCCUGGAGCCGUCAGUGCCGGAUAGAGGAAGAGGAGGAGGUGGAGCAGAACCUGCUGAGUCAAAGCUGGGGAGGAGAGACGAUGGCGAAGGGCACCAAGGACCCCUCCAGCUCCUCUACCUGGCACCAUCUCUGCCCCACCGACGGCGCCUCGGGGCAGAACGACAAAGCGGGGACCGGGAUGAGCAAAUCGGCCUCUUUUGCCUUUGAGUUCCCCAAGGACAGACAUGGGAUUGAGACCUUCUCACCUCCUCCGCCACCUCCGAAGUCCAGGCACCUUUUAAAAAUGAACAAGAGCAGCUCUGACUUGGAAAAAGUGAGCCAGGGCUCCGCAGAGAGCCUCAGCCCAUCCUUCAGGAGCGUCCACGUCAGCUUCACCACGGGCUCCACGGACAGCCUGGCCUCGGACUCCAGGACCGGCAGCGAUGGAGGCCCAUCAUCUGAGCCGCCUCACUCGCCCACCAACAGUGGGAAGAAGCUCUUUGCUCCUGUUCCAUUCCCUUCGGGCUCCACCGAGGACGUGUCCCGCAGCAGCCCCCUGCAGCCCCCGCCCCUCCCCCAGAAGAAGUUAGUGAGCCGGGCGGCCUCUUCACCCGAUGGCUUCCUCUGGACCCAGGGCUCCCCCAAGCCGAGAGCAGCAAGUCCCAAGCUGAACCUCAGCCACUCAGAGAUCAACGUCCGCGCGCAUGAGGAGUCCCACUUCGGCCACGGGAACCGCCACCAUCACGCCUUCUCUUCGGAGCCUCUGGAGAAAACUUUCAAAGGCAAUGGCCACUGGGUCCCAGCACCGGGGCUGGCAGGUGGCAGAAGCGGCAGCGGGAGCCCCAGCCUCCAGUGCAAGGGGGUGCCCUCGGCCUCAUCCUCCCAGCUGAGCGUGGCCAGCCAGGCCUCCACCAGCAGCAACCAGCUCCAGCUCCACAGUCUGCUGAGUAGCAUCAGCAGCAAGGAGGGCACCCACGCCAAGCUGGUGGGGCUCUACGCCCAGUCCCUCAUCCGCCUUGGGGCCAAGUGUGAGGACCUGUUCAUGGGCCGCCAGAAGAAGGAGCUGCACUUCAAUGAGAACAACUGGUCGCUCUUCAAGCUGACCUGCAACAAGCCCUGCUGUGACUCGGGGGAUGCCAUCUACUACUGUGCCACCUGCUCCGAGGACCCCGGCAGCACCUACGCUGUGAAAAUCUGCAAAACCCCGGAGCCCAAAGUGGCCUCCUACUGCAGCCCGGCUGUGCCUGUGCACUUCAACAUCCAGCAGGACUGCGGCCACUUCGUGGCCUCGGUGCCCUCCAGCAUGCUCGCCUCUCCGGACGCACCCAAGGACCCCGCGCCCGCCCCGCCCGCUCCGCCCCCGGCCCAGGAGCAGGACUGCGUGGUGGUCAUCACCCGCGAGGUGCCCCACCAGACGGCCUCCGACUUCGUGCGGGACUCGGUGGGCAGCCACCGGUCGGAGCCCGAGGCCUACGAGCGGCGUGUGUGCUUCCUGCUGCUGCAGCUCUGCAACGGGCUGGAGCACCUGAAGGAGCACCGGGUCAUCCACCGGGACCUGUGCCUGGAGAACCUGCUGCUGGUGCACUGCGCCCCCCAGGCCUCCCCCGCCCCCCCUGCCUCCUCUGCCUCCGCCAGCGCCCCUCCCUCCGCCGCGUGCACUGCCCCUGCUGCCGGUCCUGCCCCUGGCCCCUCCACCGCCCUCCCCGCCAGUGUCACCCCCAGCCCCCCAACGGCCCCCACCUGUGAGGGGGUGCCCAGUGAGAAACACCUGCCCCGGCUCAUUAUCAGCAACUUCCUGAAGGCCAAGCAGAAGCCGGGCGGCACCGCCAACCUGCAGCAGAAAAAGAGCCAGGCCCGGCUGGCCCCCGAGAUCGUGUCCGCCUCCCAGUACAGCAAGUUCGAUGAGUUCCAGACAGGCAUCCUCAUCUACGAGCUGCUGCACCAGCCCAACCCGUUCGAGGUGCGGGCCCAGCUGUGGGAGCAGGACUACCGGCGGGAGGACCUGCCGCCCCUGCCCACCCUGUCCCUCUACUCGCCCGGCCUGCAGCAGCUCGCCCACCUGCUGCUGGAGGCCGACCCCAUCAAGCGCAUCCGCAUCGGGGAGGCCAAGCGGGUGCUGCAGUGCCUGCUGUGGGGGCCGCGGCGGGAGCUGGUGGAGCAGCGGGGCACCUCGGAGGAGGCGCUGAGCAGCGCGCUGCACAACUGGAUCGACAUGAAGCGCGCCCUGAUGAUGCUGAAGUUCGCGGAGAAGGCCGUGGACCGCCGGCGCGGGGUGGAGCUGGAGGACUGGCUCUGCUGCCAGUACCUGGCGUCCGCGGAGCCCAGCGCCCUCUUACAGUCCCUCAAGCUCCUGCAGCUUCUGUGAGCGCAGCCCCGGCCUGCACUUGAGCUGCCCUUUCUGUGUCUGCCCCCUUCGCUUCCAGCCCCUUCCUGGUGUCCGUCCUGACCCCCGUGCCCUGCCUGCCUCAGAAAACUUCGUGUCUCCCUGGGAAAUGGUACAGUGACUGUCCUACUUGGAUGUAAUGUGUAUAUCAAGUGUAUAAAUGUAAAAGGCUGAGGGUGUCGUUGCCGCCUGGGGCCGCCUCUGCUCCCCGGGGCUCCUGGUUUCUCCGCUGUGAUGCACACUGUAGCUCAGUGCAGGUCCUGGGGACAGUACGGUGCUGCCAGCAGAACGAAGCCUGGACUCUGGCUCGCUGCCCCAUCGUGGGAGCUCUUCACCUUCCCGUCCAAUUGUUAUUUAAAAAAAAUUGUAUUAAAAAUUUUUUGAUUGA